AUGCAGAAGGUGUGUUUGUGGCCAAUUUGUUGUGUUAUUCGUCCAGUGAAGAAGCGACCAUUCAUGUGUUGGACGGGGAAGACUGUGCCCUCCAUUUUUUUGCGCGAUUUGGAUGAUCUCACGGACAUCCCAGACAGCGAGAGUGAGCGGACCAUUCUUGUGGUGUUUCACAAUUUGAAAGGGUUUGACGGCAUGUUUAUUUUGCACGAACUGUACCAGCAACAACGCGAAGUGGUGGAUCAAUUGACGGUGGGCGCCAAAGUCCUGUCCUUCAGGAGUGGACCCCUCAAAUUCAUUGACUCGUUGUGUUUCCUGCCUAUGCCAUUGGCCUCGUUUCCCAGCACCUUCAAUUUGACCGAAUUAAAGAAGGGCUUCUUUCCUCAUUUGUUUAAUACCCCGGAUCAUCAACAGUAUGUGGGCCGCAUCCCCGAUUUGGAAUUUUACGAUCCCGAGGGUAUGAUGGCCAAAAAGAAAGACGAACUGGCGCGUUGGCAUGCGGAGCAAGUCCGUCGUAAUGUGCGUUUUGAUUUCCAGCAAGAAAUGAUCGAGUACUGCAAAUCGGAUGUGGCGCUGUUGAAAGCGGGGUGUGAAGCCUUUCAGCAAGAAUUUGAACAGCAGGCUGGUUUCAAUCCUAUGGCCAAAUGCAUCACCAUCGCCAGUGCCUGCAAUCUCUAUUGGCGCAAGUACCAUUUGACCCCCGACACCAUUGCUGUCGAACCGCUCAGGGGGUGGCGAGGGGCCCAAGUCAAUCAAUCGCUCAAGGCCCUGCAAUGGCUGUACUACCAAGAACAUCUCCUUCCCAAGGAGGGGGCCAGUGCCGAUCGUAUUCGACAUGUCCGGAACGGGGGCGAGCAGUUUGUCCGGACCCUUGUGAACAGUUAUUUCGUCGAUGGCUACGAUCCUCUGACCCGCACCGUCUACGAAUUUCAUGGGUGUCUCUAUCAUGGCUGUCCCACUUGUUAUCCCAUGAGAAAUGCCAAACAUUAUGCCACACCGGAUCGAACCGUGGAGGAACUGUAUCAAGCCACGCUCUCUAAACGCAUGGCCCUGCUCCGAGCAGGCUAUACAGUGAUCGAAAUGUGGGAAUGUGAAUGGGACAAACUGGUGAACACCGAUGAAGCCGUCCAACGUUUCCUGACGUCGUUCGAUUUGGUCGCACCCCUGGAACCCCGUGACGCCUUUUUUGGAGGUCGAACCGGUGCCGUGGCGUUGCAUGCCGUAGCUGGGGAGAAUGAAGAGAUACGUUAUGUGGAUGUGACCUCCUUGUACCCGUGGGUGAAUAAGAACUGCCCUUACCCUAUCGGUCAUCCCAAGAUCAUCACCCAGCCCGCUGACCAGUCCCUGGAGUCCUAUUUUGGUAUUGCUACGGUGGAUAUUCUGCCCACGGCUGGUCUAUUCCACCCAGUCUUGCCUGUACGUUGUGGCCAAAAGCUCACUUUUCCUCUCUGCCGUGCCUGUGUCCAGACAGAGCAAGCCCAACCCAUGUUGACCCGAACCCAGUAUUGCCCUCAUUCGGAUGCGGAUCGUACACUACGUGGGACCUGGGCACGCCGGAGCUGGUCAAAGCGGUGGAAAAGGGGUACACCCUGA